CAAUUCUCUUCCUCUUCUUGCCGCCUACCGCAUUUCCACUUUCCCGCCAAAGAACACAAUCAACAACACUCACUCACGACCAUCGACCAAGACGACGACCAAGACGCAGAUAUGGAUGAUGUUCCCGAUCUCGACGAGCUCCAAUGGCUGGAAUCCCACACCAUCGACCAAGACGACGAUCAGUUCGUUGACGACGAAGAUGAUAUCGAACCCCUUUCGCCCCCCUCACCGCGCGAGUCACACAAGAAACCAAUUCUAUCCCUCCCCACAAUACCUUCGCCCCUUGAACCCCACCCCGAAAUCAGCCGCCCCCCCACCACAAAACGCUUUAGAUCUGACCUCGCUCAGCCGUGGGAUGCGGACGGCGAUUGCCUCCGCGUCGGAAACAGCUCCGAUGGCAAGAGAAGCAGAACAGAGGAAGACGAAGCCCGGUUCGGGCCCGACCGCUCAUUCACUGGCCCGGUGAUGGGAGGAGUGGGCAGAAGAGCAGUCUUGCCGGAUGGGAAUCCCAAUCCUGUGGAGAAUAACGCAGUGAGUGACGAUAAUGAUGGCGAGGGGAUGAGAUCUUCGCGGGAACAGAUGGACGUGGUGGAGGAGCAGCCGGAGAAGGAAGAGAGGAUACUGUCAAGAUAUGCUACGGAAAUAGACGGGGAUUUUGUGCCUGUCACGGGGUUAGAUGGGGAGAGGGUGUAUGCCAAGCUAUGUAGUUUGGAGAUGGAUGAGGACGGGAGGAAAAGGGAUUUAAGAGUCAGAGGAGAUUCUAAUGGACUACUUAAGGAACCUGUUAAAGUUCUAAUGCAAAGAGUGGAGCAUGAGGAAUUCACAAAGGCUUUGCAAGCAAGUGUUGAUGGCUGUCCAACUGAAGUAACCCGUUCAAAAGCUCCAGUUACUGAUGAGCAACUUUGGGUGGACAAAUAUGCUCCAAGUUCAUUUACGGAACUUCUCAGUGAUGAGCAGACAAACCGUGAGGUUCUCCUGUGGUUGAAACAAUGGGAUUCCUGUGUAUUUGGAUCUGAAAUUAAGAGCACCACAGAUGAUGUUUUGACUUCUUUGAGACGACAUUAUUCAGGAUCUCAACAUUCUAAACAAUUUGCAAAGAGUUAUUUUGGAAAGAAUAAAGAAAUCAGGUUGAGCAGUAAUACAGUGGGAACUGACAAUCGGAUGGAUAAAGAAAACAAUGUCUCCAUAGGCAUUCAGGACACGUGGGGCACGAGGCACAAAAGUUCUGGACCUCCAGAACAAAAGAUUUUGUUGCUUUGUGGCUCCCCAGGACUCGGCAAGACAACACUUGCACAUGUGGCAGCAAGGCAUUGUGGCUACCGUGUUGUUGAGAUAAAUGCAAGUGACGACAGGUCAUCCUCAACCCUUGAAGCUAAAAUCCUCGAUGUGGUUCAGAUGAAUUCGGUUAUUGGUGAUUCAAAGCCAAAGUGUUUGGUUAUUGAUGAGAUAGAUGGUGCGCUUGGAGAUGGGAAGGGGGCUGUUGAAAUCCUUCUUCAAUUGGUAUCUGCUGAAAGGAAAAAUGAUACUGGAAAAGAAAAUGUAUCUCAGGAGGGGAAGUCAUCUCGAAAGAAGCAAAGAAACUCUGGACUGUUGAGACCCGUCAUAUGCAUUUGUAAUGAUCUAUAUACGCCAGCCUUAAGGCCAUUACGUCAGGUGGCAAAGGUACACAUUUUUGUCCAACCAAGUGUGAGUCGUGUUGUAAAUAGGUUAAAGUAUAUAUGCAAGAAAGAAGGAGUGAAGACAAGUUCCAUAGCUCUUUCUGCACUUGCAGAAUAUACCGAAUGCGAUAUAAGGUCAUGUUUGAAUACGCUUCAGUUUCUCAACAAGAAGAAGGAACUGCUCAAUGUGUUGGAGAUAAGUUCUCAGGUGGUUGGUCAGAAGGAUGCGUCUAAGAGUGCUUUUGAUAUAUGGAAAGAGAUCUUCCAAAACAGAAAGAAGAAACAGGGAAGAAAAUGUAGUGAAUGGGGCAGCAGCAUGUCCAAAGAGUUCGAGUUUCUUUACUCUAUGAUUUCUAACCGGGGCGACUAUGAUUUAAUAUUGGAUGGGAUUCACGAAAAUAUUUUGCAGCUUCGUUAUGUUGAUCCCAUGAUGCAAAAGACAGUGCAAUGUUUGGAUAGUCUGGUAAUUUCUGAUAUCACUCAUCGUUACAUAAUGCGGACACAGAAAAUGUUUCUUCAAGUCUAUCAGCCUCCCAUUGCAAUAUUUAUACGUAGUCUGGUAGCACAACUGGAGAAAAAAGACAUUGAGUGGCCAAAGUCUUUCCAGAGACACCGGACAGUUUUGGCAGAAAGGAUGGACGUGUUUCGUACAUGGUACAGCAGAAUAUCACCAAAUAUUUCAAGGCACCUGUCAACAAAAUCUUUUGUGGAAGACUCAAUUUCGCUGAUGUUGCAUAUUAUGUCACCGUCAACACUAAGACCGGUGGCGUUGCAUUUGCUUUCAGAUAAUGAGAAGAGAGAUCUAGGGAAGCUAGUAAAUAACAUGGUCGCAUAUGCUAUAACCUACAAAAAUAUCCAAGCGGAUCGUAGUUUAAAACAUGAAGAUACUUUGGAUGCGACGAGGCUUUCAUUUGAUCCACCCUUAGGUGAAUUUAUAGACUUCAAGGGUUACAAAUCAGAUCAUUUUGAUCUUGCCUUGGCGGUGAAGCAGGUCUUGGUUCAUGAGGUUGAAAAGCAAAAGAUUCUGAAAGGUAGCCUCUCUAGAUCUGCUGAUCUGCUGAUGCAUGAGAAUCAUGCCUCAGUACAGAAAGGCAUUGGAAUUGAAGCAUCAUCCAAAUCAAGUUAUGCAAAUGGAUCUGCUGUAAAGAAAAUAAAUGGAAAAAGUCCAACUAAUCAGAAAUCUGGACUUUCUAUCUCUUCAAAUUCGCCACUUGUGGAGUUUAGAAAUGUCAGCGAUGGAGUUUCUCAACCUAUGCACAGUGCCAUGGCGAAGCCUAAGAUGGCAAAGAGAGAUUCCCACCCUUUAUUGUUUAAAUUCAAUGAGGGAUUCACAAAUGCAGUUAAAAGACCUGUACGUAUGCGAGAAUUCCUCCUGUGAUCUUUUUAUCACUCCAGAUAUGUGUGAGAUACUUUAGCUUAUUUGAACAGCCUUAACAAUUUUACAUUUCACCUUCAUGGAAUAAUUAUAUGUAGCUGCUUUUCUUUUCCUGUGUUUGAAACACAUUCAUCUUUCUUCUCUUCUAUAAAAAAUAGGUGUGGUUUUGUAAAAAAUGCAUUGAAUAAAACGUUAUUAUACUUGUUAGUUGUUAUAUUGUUUAAA